AUGACACCGAAUGCACGAUGGGCGUUGGUAAAUGAGAAGAAGAUCUGUCGGAAAUGUCUAACUAAGCACUUUAAAACUUGUGAGAGGAAGGUUCCAUGCAAUCGGAACGGGUGCAGCUUCCUACAUCACCAGCUAUUGCAUGAUGACAGUAAACACAAGAAACAGACGUCAAUCAUUCCAGCACAGAUCGCAUCUUGUAACACGCAUCUUAGUUCGCUGGGAGGAGUUCUGUUGAAGUACAUUCGUGUCACGGUGCAUGGCAAGGGUAAAUCGAUCACGACGUACGCAUUCCUCGACGCAGGAUCGACCUCGACGUUAAUGGAGCACAGCUUGUGGGAGGAAUUGAAUCUGAACGGUGAGAAAUCUCCAUUGUGCAUGUCAUGGACUGGCGGACAAAGAAGAUACGAAGAAGACUCGGUGAAAUUCUCCGCCGAGAUCGCAGGUGCUCAGACUCCCGGCCAAAGUUUCCAGCUUUCGGAAGUGCACACGGUGCGAAACCUAGACCUUCCUCCACAGUCAAUGUCGGUGAAGGAUCUAGCGAAACAUUUCCGGCAUCUGUCGGGCCUGCCAAUCGAAUCGUACGUCGCAGUCAAACCACGCAUUUUGUUGGGUGUAGACAACGCUAGGUUGGAGUAUCCGUUCAAUUCCAGAGAAGGGAGUGAGAAUCAGCCGACCGCGGUACUAACACGGCUAGGGUGGUUGGUAUACGGUCCGUGCUCGGUGUCAGAGCAAACGAUGGCGAAAAAAGACGUGACCUACAGUUACCAUAUCUGUCAGUGUGAUGGGCUUUAUUCUGCAGUCAAAAAUUACUUCUCUCUGGACAGCAUCGGGGUUCAACUUGCUGGGAAACCGCUGAUGUCGAAGGACGACGAACGAGCGAUGAUGUUGCUGCAGACAAACACGAUUCUCCAGAAUAAGAGAUACGAGACUGGCCUACUGUGGCGUUAUGAAGAAGUCCGGCUACCGGAGAGCAAAGGCAUGGCCCUGAAGCGACAUGACUGUUUGAGUAAACGCAUGGUUCGAGAACCUGCGCUAGGUAAAGCUCUUCAGGAAAAAAUACUGGAUUACCGAACGAAAGGAUAUAUCCGCAAGCUUUCGGCGCAGGAAGAAGCAACGUACACUGGACGCUCGUGGUAUCUGCCGAUCUUUCCAGUGGUUAACCCCAACAAACCCGGCAAGCUGCGUAUUGUCUGGGAUGCCGCCGCCAAAGUGGGUAACCUCUCGUUGAAUUCAUUUCUGCUAAAAGGUCCUGACCAAGUCACGCCCCUUCCACAUGUCCUUCAGCGGUUUCGUGAAUAUCGUACGGCUGUGUCAGGGGAUGUUCGUGAAAUGUUUCAUCAAGUGCGGAUGAGACCCAAAGACCAGCAUUGCCAGCGAUUCCUGUGGGAUGAUGACGUUCCCGGAGAAGGUCCUUCGACUUACGUGAUGGAGGUGAUGACAUUCGGUGCCCGCUGUUCACCUAGUAGUGCACAGUACGUUAUGAAGCGAAAUGCAGAACGAUUCAGGACUCUAUUUCCGGAAGCGGUGGAGGCAAUAUGCAAAGGAACGUAUGUGGACGAUAUGCUCAGCAGUGUCGAAUCUGAAGCAGAGGCGGUAAAGCUCGCGCAAAAUGUGCGAUACAUACAUGCAGAAGGUGGGUUCGAAAUCCGAGGAUGGCUGUCAAACUCCAAGAAAGUAGUAGAUUCCAUGGGCGAGCAGAGAGCUCCUGAAAAGGAUCUAAACAAGACCGGAGAGCUGGUGACCGAGAAAGUUCUAGGGAUGUGGUGGAAUACGAUCAACGACACGUUAACGUUCAAAAUCCCGAACCGAUGCAAACAGGAGCUGUUAUCCGGAGAGCAAGUUCCCACGAAGCGGGAAGUUCUGCGGAUUCUCAUGUCAGUCUACGACCCGCUAGGACUUCUUGCCAACGUAUUGAUGUACCUGAAGGUUUUGCUGCAAGAGAUCUGGCGCUCUAAUAUUGGUUGGGACGAGCCGAUACCCGACCAGCAGCUGGAAAAGUGGAGAACAUGGCUCAGUGUAUUGAACAAGGUGAAUACAGUUUCCGUUCCUCGGUGCUAUCGCACGAUGACAACUUCGUCCAGUGAGUUCAACGAAAUUCAACUACACGUCUUCGUAGACGCGAGCGAGAAUGGCUACGCUGCGGUUGCUUUCUUCCGUUUCGAAGUGGACAGCACAGUUGAGUGCGCCUUCGUUGAAGCGAAAACUCGGGUCGCUCCUUUAAAAUACGUCUCGAUACCUCGACUAGAGCUACAAGCAGCGGUGAUCGGAACCCGGCUGGCGAAGUCUAUAGGAGAAACCCAUCGCAUUGGAAUCCGAAAACGGUUCUUCUGGACCGACUCAAGGGACGUGCUCUGCUGGUUACGAUCCGAUCACAGGAGGUACAGCAAAUUCGUCGGUGCUAGAGUUGGCGAAAUUUUGGAAAGCACUGAACAGGCAGAGUGGCUCUGGGUACCAACAAAGCAGAACGUGGCCGAUGAUGGCACUAAGUGGCAGCGGACUCCCGACCUAUCACCAUCAAGCCACUGGUUCAAGGGACCAGCAUUUCUGUGGGAACAGCGGAGCGCUUGGCCUGUUCAGCCGGCAAACCAUGGAGAAACCACCUCCGAAAUGAAAGUUUCGGUCAACGUCCACGUAGCCGGCGAACCCGUUCUUAACUUCGCAAAAUACUCCAACUGGCGUAAACUUCUACGGGUCUCCGCGUACGUUCUCAGAUUCAUGAAAAACCUUCGAGCUAGACUACAGCGUCAACCACCAUCUACCGGAAUCCUCAAUCAAUCGGAGCUAUUUGAAGCGGAAUGUUGCAUUUACCGACAAGCCCAGCUAGAAACGUUCGGUGAGGAAGUAUCGUCGCUGAUCUGUCACAAGGAGGCAAGCGAGAAGAAGGUGAUUCCUAUUCUUAAAAGUAGUUCACUCUACAAACUUUCGCCGUUCCUUGAUGACUACGGAGUACUUCGUAUGCAAGGAAGAACUGCUGCCUGUCAAUUCAUCGAUUCAGAUGCUGCCCAUCCUAUCGUGCUGCCAAAGAAGCAUCCGGUUACGACACUCGUCGUACAAUUUGUCCACCAACACUAUCACCAUCUCAACCAUGAAAGCAUCGUCAACGAACUACGACAAAAGUAUCGGAUCCCGCAGCUACGAAGUGUGUGCAACAAAGUCCGUCGACAGUGUCAGUUCUGCAAGAACGCCCGAGCUCAACCGCAGCCGCCGAUCAUGGCUGAUCUUCCAUCGGCUCGUCUAGCAGCUUAUUCCCGACCGUUCUCCUAUGUCGGGAUCGACUACUUCGGACCAAUGCAAGUCGUCGUUGGUAGACGAACUGAAAAGAGGUGGGGCGUGCUGAUUACAUGCCUAGUGGUACGUGCCAUCCACAUUGAAAUUGCACAUUCUCUCAACACUAGCUCCUGCAUCAUGGCAAUACGGAACUUCGUGGCCAGACGAGGCUCUCCUUUGGAAUUCUUCAGCGACAGGGGAACGAAUUUCGUCAGUGCCAAGCGGGAACUUACCGAAGCGUUCCGGUCUCUCGAUCAAAAUAAGCUUAUGCAGGAAUUCGUGACACCAGAUACCAAGUGGACCUUCUUGCCUCCGAGCAGUCCGCACAUGGGUGGAAGCUGGGAGAGACUGGUGCAGUCAGUGAAAAAGGUUUUGAAUAACAUGCAGCUUCCAAGAUCUCCCACCGACGAAGUCCUUCGGAACAGCUUGCUGGAGGUGGAAAAUAUUAUUAAUUCGCGCCCCCUCACAUACGUGCCUAUCGAAGACGGUGAAAACGAAGCUCUAACUCCCAAUCAUUUCUUGUUGGGUUCGUCCAAUGGUUCGAAACCUCUCGUGCCAUACAACGACAGCAUCGCUACGCUAACCAACACUUGGAAAACUUCUCAAAUCUACGCCAACCACUUUUGGAAAAGAUGGUUACGGGAGUACCUGCCGUCAAUAUGCCGUCGGACAAAAUGGCAUUAUCCGGUGAAACCAAUCCACAUCGACGACGUUGUGAUAAUCGUGGAUCCGGAUUUACCACGAAAAAGGACGCGUUGUAGACGUCAAAUGUAA